AUGUACACUUAUAUCUUGCAGUGGAUUGCCAACAGGUUUCUCAAGGAGAACCAGCUUAACAGACUAGGUGUGGAGGACCCAUACUAUGAGGAAAUCCCUGUGAACACGAAUGAGAAGACAGGCAAAACCACAUACAAGAGAGUCAAGAGACAGAUUCCAAAGGGUCUUCUGCAAAACGACAUCAAUGUGUUGCAGACGGUGAGGAAAAGAGCGUACCGGUACGACAUGUGGUUUAGCGUGCUAGGGUUCAAGUUGGGCUGGUCGAACGUUGUGGGAGUUGUGCCUGUGUUUGGAGCAAUUGUCGCCAACUACUGGUCGCUCUCGAUUUACUGGCAGGCGAGGUCCUUGGACGAUGGUUUACCUUUGGAUAUUCAGCUUUUGUUCUUCUUCAACAUUGCCAUUGACUUUGUCUUGUCGUUUAUCCCCAUUGUGGGUCAAUUGAUCGAAAUCGGCUACAAGGCCAACCUGAGAAACUUCUUGUUGCUUGAAAAGCACUUGGAAAGAGUGGGGCAGAAGAACUUGGGCUUGAUCUCCGAGGACGAGGUGCGUCCAGGCUUUAUCAACGACAAAGUGCAGCCCUUCGUGGACGAGAAUCUUAAGCCCGGCGCCAUCAGGGCCGGUGAAUCUGCACUUAAGGCUGGUGAGUCUUUGAAACAUCUCGUGCAGCAAAAUCUCCAUUCAGCUGGCUCUUCGUCGCAGGCUUCUCUGACGAACACCGCCGAGCCAACCAUCCAGGGCUCGGAAGCUACCGCUACCGCCACUUUGGAUAGCUUCACCGAUGACGAUGCCAAAAGCGUCAGAAGUCUUCGGGCCACAAAGCAAAAACGCAAGUCGUGA